AUCUGGUCAAAAUAACCGGAUGGACAAUUUGCUAUUUGUUUUGAGAAAUGUUUACCAUCUUCAGGUUGGUCCGUUUUAUAAUUAAAAAUACGCGUCUUUGGCGGAGAUACGGACAUCACAUUGGUGAUUGCUCAACGAGUGAAUUUAUGAAAGCAAAUGAGCAACCAGUAGAAUCCAGGUCUGGCUUGCAAAACUGGAUCAUGAGGAAGGCAGCACAAGAAGCUUUACUCUUUCACCUGAUCAUCAAUUAAUCAUCAACCUCUUAGACCAAAUGGCACCAGAAGUAUCUGUUUAAAAAUGCCGAUCCAAACAACUACUUUGAUUCUGUGAAAUCUGCUUUGAUUUCUGAGUAGGAUGAUGCUAUAACUUUGACAUCUGCCACAGAACCGAAGUGGAAAACUGGCACGUGGCUAAAACUGAAAAGAGCAAAAUGGCCCAUCAGUGCACCAUUUGCCUCAAGAUGUUUAAGUGUGCAUCCAAACUACAACGGCAUCAUCUCAUCCACACUGGGGAGAAGCCAUUCAUAUGUUCAGUGUGUGGAAAACCCUUUCGGCAGGCUAUACAUUUAAAGAGGCACCUAGAAACACAUACAGGAAAUACACAUGCAUUGAAUCCCUUCACGAGCAGCUGGGGGAAAUUUGAAUCUGUUGGUAGAGUUGAACCUGCAUCUACUGCAUAUCCAACAGUUCAGGACGAUUUGGGGAUUAAUUAUACUCCCGAUGUCCCAUUGCAGUCAUGUGUCUCUUCUGAGGUGGAUGAGCUGAAACAGACAGUGCAACCUGGGGACUAUGUUGUGGACUUAAAGGCUAUUGAACAACCUGAAUUCAAACUCAUAUCUCCUGGUGGUGGAAUAAAUACUGACUGGGAAUGUCUCAGUGGAAAAGACCCAACAAAGCAAAUACUGCAGGAGCAACACAUCAGUUCCUCUAGGGUGGAAAAUACAGAUGCUGCCAAUGCUGACAAUGUCCUGCAGUGUGCAGUUUGUUUGAAGGUCUGCAGUUCCCCUUACCAGCUGCAGAAACACCUACUUGUUCACAGCAGGCUCAGCCCCUUUGAAUGCUCCGUAUGUAAGCAGACUUUCAGUCAGAUGGCACAAUUAAAAUUACAUUCUCAAACACAUGCUCAAGCUGAUUCGCCUCAAGAUGUCACUGAGGAGUGCUCGAGUCCAGCUGCUGAAAAGGUUUCCCAGUGUAGCACUUAUAUAGGAAAACGGACAAUAAGCCAUCAAUGCCCAGAGUGUCCAAAAUCCUUUUGUUCACCUUCUAAAUUGAGGAGACAUUGCCUUACUCACACUGGUCAGAGGCCCUACCACUGUAUAGAAUGUGGAAAAUCAUUUAGGCAGCUUGCCCAUCUAAAAACCCAUCAGGAUACCCAUAGGACCGUACUAAGCGGCCAGGCCCCUUUGUAUUAUGGAGAAACAGGUGAGGCCAGUAGGUUCAAAGAUGGAAACACUGACAAAUAUCAACCUUCAGACAGUGAGCCGCCUUCUUUUUGUUCAUCACUUAGCCUGCAAAGUCAUAGCCCAUUGGAUUCUCAUCGACUGUACGACACAGGAAUUUCUUCCAACGCUGCCUUUACCCAGAGGUCUUUUCAAAUGGAACAACAACAAGUAAGCGCCCCGGAGUCAGAAACCAUGAAUGAGUGGAAUAGUGAGGAGAGCCGGGCUGCAGUGAAAAAGGCUUUUGAUGAAGGCAAUAUAAAGCAGCAGAAGUGUCAUUUAACCCCUGAUAACCUGAAACCCUUUCAGUGCCUUGUCUGUGGACAAAAAUUCUGUCUGGCAGCUAAUUUCCAAAAGCAUCUUUGUAAGGACGCAGACCAGGAUGAGUUUGUUAAUCAAGGAGAGGACAUGGAGAGCAAUUCAUCUCCAUCUGUGCAGCCUCAUCAGGAAAUGAAAGAGCAUCAUGAUUCUGAUCGCAAAAUGACUCUGCAAACCAAUGAGGUAAAUGCUCUUGACCUCAAUAUAAUCGUUAAACAAGAACACUGGCCCUCAAGUAAUAAUGAGGAGCAUGUUCCAGCACCAGAUGUUAUAGCGUACACUACAGAAUAUCAACUGCAGCCAGCAUUGGAUAACACAAAGGCUAAACAUCUGGAGCUUACAAGGAAGACCCACCAGUGUGGUACAUGUCUGAAAUGCUUCCCAACCCCAUACAAACUCCAAAGGCACAUACUUAUUCACACAGGACAAAGACCUUUUAGCUGCCGUGUCUGUGGAAAGAAGUUUAGCCAGUUGGCACACUUGAUGUUACAUAAUCGCACUCACUCUCGUCCAGAACGUAUAAAACUGAAGAGGACUAACGUGAACAGUCACCCAUCUCCUAUCCAAAUUGGAUAUGACCCAGUUUCUUCUGGAUCAGAAUUUAAAUUUGAUGUUCCUAUGCAGGAAAAUGUACCUGAAAAUCCUGGAUCAGAAGAGCCUUUUCUGAUGAGCACUGACUUUAAUACACCUUCAAAAACAGUCCUGGAUCAGGACAGUGUAAUUGUAAUUCAUGAUGAAUCUCUUGAUAGUGAGAGGAAAGAUGGCCAUAUAAAGCAUCAGUGUUCACUGUGUUUCAAAUUCUUCUCUUGUCCUUCUAAACUUCAGAGACAUCACCUGAUACACACUGGACAGAAACCAUUCCGAUGCACUUUGUGUGGGAAAACAUUCAGACAGGCCGUACAUUUGAAAGUCCAUCAGCAAACCCACAACAAGUGGAGACCAUUCAGGAGAGCUUUUCAGCAGAAAGGGGUUGUUGACAUAAACAAGUCUAAUGCAUCCAGACAACAGCACCAGAGUACUGAGUCUAUCCUCCAAGAACAGCUUUCUACUGAACCUCAAGGUGAUCUGCCUAUUUCUGAUUGUCUGGAAAUAACAGGGGAAAAAGAUUCAGGUCCCAAAAGUGCUACUUCUGUAUGUGGCAAAGGUGAUCUUACCAUGCACUUUCAAGGCAAUGAAAGUGUUAAAUCGGAAGAAUGGCAUUCUAAUAAUAAUGGUGGUCUGCAAAGUACAAAUGAGGAUGUGACAUCAACUGAGCUGACCUCAAAUGACAGUGUGAAUGAAUGUGAGAAAGUAAAAAGGAAGACCUAUAAGUGUGUCAUAUGCCUGAAAAUUUUCUUGACCGCAUUCAAACUACAGAUGCAUAACUUAACUCAUACGGCACAAAGACCUUUUGAUUGCUAUGUUUGUGGAAAGAAAUUCCAUCAACCUGCACACAUGAAAUUUCAUAUUUGCAACCAUAACCAGCCCAGAUUUUCUCACCAGAGAAAAAAUAAUGAAAACAAUGACUUAUUUCCCUUGCAGCAAUUUGAAUUUGACAGAGUGUCUUCUGAAAUGCCAUUAGAGUCUGAUCUUACUCUGCAGAAAACCCCUCAAAGUUUUGAACAAGAGAAUCCUCUUGAGAUUAGUCUUAAUCAGACUGAAUCAUCAGAAAAAGGCUUGGAUCAGAACAACGUCCUUGCUUCUGAGAGGAAUCAUGACCAUAGAAAACACCAGUGUUUGAUCUGUCUGAAAUACUUCUCCUGUCCUUCUAAACUCAAGAGGCAUCUUCUGAUACACACUGGGCAGAAGCCCUUCCGAUGUAUUCUGUGUGGAAAAACUUUCAGACAAGCCAUACAUCUGAAAGUCCAUCAGCAAACCCAUAACAGAUGGAGGCCACUGCAGAGAGCAUCUCGGCAGGAUAAGGUUGUCAAUACAGACAUACCUCAUGGUAGUGGGAAGCAGCUGAAUAGGCCGUCUAUCAACCAAGGACAGUGUGUUUUCAGUAGUGCUCCUGAGAGUGAUAUGAUGGCAGCUAAGGAAUCAGAAGAUUGGUGCCAUAGUAGCAAUGAUUUACAAAGUAUAUCAGAUGAAGGGAAAACAUCAAUAAAGGAACACCCACUGCAGUUGGAUUUGCUAAACGAUGCAAAUAAAUGUCAGACACUAAAGAGUACGACCUAUGAAUGCAUCACAUGCCUGAAAGGUUUCUCAACCCCAUCCAAACUCGAGAGACAUAUCUUAACUCAUACAGGACAGAGACCUUUCAGUUGUUAUGUCUGUGGAAAGAAAUUCCGUCAGCUUUCACACAUGAAAUUCCAUAUCCGCACACAUAAUCGGCCCAGAAUUACUCUGCAGAAAAAAUACACUGAGGACAGUGACCCAUUUACCACGCAAAGUACUGAAUAUGACAAAGUGUCUUCAGUAACAGCCAUGGAGUCUGACCUUUCUCUGCAGAACACUUUUCAAGUCCUUGAACAAGAGAAACAUCUUGAUACUAAUCUUAAUCUGAGUUCACCUCCAGAAAGAGGAAUGGAUCAGAACAGUCACCUCAGUACUGGGAGGAAUAAACGGCAACGAAAACACCAGUGUUUGACCUGUUACAAAUGCUUCUCGUGUCCUUCUAAACUUCAAAGGCAUCUUUUGAUACACACUGGGCAGAGACCCUUCCAAUGUAUUCUGUGUGGAAAAACAUUCAGACAAGCCAUACAUCUGAAAGUCCAUCAGCAAACCCACAACAAAUGGAGAUCACUGAAGAGAGCAUCUCGGCAGGAUGAGCUUGAUGACACAUAUACAUCAAAUGGUGGUGGGCAACACCUUCGCUGGUCAUCUAGUUUCCAAGGACAGUGUAUUCUCACUAGCACACCUGAGAGUGAUGUGAUCGCAUCUGACUGUUCUCAUCAGGAAACAGUGGAGAACCCAGAUAUAGACCACAAAAUCAAUUCUCCUGAGCCUAGUCCUGUGGAUACACUCGCAGUCCAAUUUGAUCAAGAUACAGUUGCAGUACCUGGAGAUGUGUGCCCUAGUGAUUAUGAUCCAGAAAGUAUGCCACACAAAACAGCAAUAUUAACCAAACAACUACAGUUGGUAUCAGAAGAAAACAUAAAUGCUUGUGGGGAACUGAAGAGGAACACUUAUCAGUGUGUUGUGUGUCUUAAGUGUUUCUCCAGCCCAUCCAAACUACAGAGGCAUAUCUUGACUCAUACGGGACAGAGACCUUUCAGUUGCUAUGUUUGUGGGAAGAAAUUCCGUCAGCUUUCACACAUGAAAUUCCAUAUCCUCACCCAUAAUCGGCCUAAAAUAACUCAACAGAAAAAGAAUUUUGAGAAUAGUGACACAUUUACCUUACAUAAAAAUAUGUUAGAUAAUGUUUCAUCAGUAACAAACGUAGACUCUCAUUUUCCUCAUCAACAGGAGACUCCUGAAAAAGAAACAGGUGAACCUCUUAAACUGAGCCUUAACCAUGCAUCUUCUGAAGCAGUCUUGGACCAUGACACUGUUUUUAGUCAUGGGAGGAAUCGUGGCAAUGUAAAACAUCAGUGUUUGAUCUGUUUCAAAUACUUCACAAGCCCUUCAAAACUUGAGAGACAUAACCUGAUACACACUGGGCAGAAACCCUACCGAUGUGUUCUGUGUGGAAAAACAUUCAGACAAGCCAUACACCUAAAAGUUCACCAGCAAACCCACAACAAGUGGAGGGCUUUCAGAAAAACCGUGCAGAAGGAAGAGAUUCACACAAGCAGAUCCAGAGAGCAGGACGAAGCAGAGUGCAUUAUUUCCAGUGUUCCUCAGACUAGUUCUGUAUUAAAAACAGGCUCAAAUCUGUUGCCAGGCAAAGAGAUUGUAGAUGAUGAUAUCUGUGCUGUUGGAGUAGUGCUGGAGGAGCAUGAAAAUCAAAUAGAUGCAGAAAUGAACACUGGAGCCUUCCAAGACACUCAGUACGAUAGUGCCCCAUCACAGCAAAAGAGUUCUAAACUUGUUCCCUUGCUUCAGACUCCUUUUAAAUGUAACAUUUGUUACAGGACCUUUAGACAGUUAAGCAACUUAAAAACACACUAUCUCAUUCACUUAGAAACUCAUCCAGUAGAAAACUGUUUUCCCACGAAGAAUGAAAUCUGCCAAAAGCAGCUGAAUUGUGAUUUAGAAGAAGAGGAUCAGAAAGUCAACUUGGCAGUGAAUCAGCCAGUCUGUGUUUCCUCCACUCACCCUCAGAAUCCCACCCUGGAAACUGGUAUGGUAUCAGGCCCAAACAAAAGCAAUGCACGAGAUCAGGCUUCACAAGAAGGUUUUGACACCGAUAGAAAAAGCUCUCGAAGAGGAAAAGGAGACUCCGAUUGCAGCAUUCUUUCCCUUAAUGGUAGUAUCCAAAACUCCAGGUUUCAGCACAGUACAUCAGCUCUACCUAGCACUCAAGACGAUGAGAAAAACUGGGAUAGAUUUCCCCCAGUUGAUCAAGAAGAGUCGGACUGUGUAAUUAUAGAGAGUAAUGAUGAAAGUGCAGGAGUGAAAUCUCCCGUCAAACUAUGGCAUGCUAAUGGGAACUCGGAAAUUAGCCGUUUGAGCAGAAAAGAUUACCAGUGCCCUGUGUGUUCAAAGUGCUUCUCUUCGUCUUCUCAGCUGCAGCGGCACUCUCAUACUCAUACAGAGAACAAACCAUCAAAGUGUCCCUUGUGCUUAAAGGAAUUUAUGCAACUAUCUCUUUUAAAUUCACACCAGUGCACACACAAAGAUAGGAGAGAUUCUGGCCAAUGUAAUCUGAGUAACACAAGGCAGUCAGAAGAACAAGAUGAACAAGAAUUAGCUGUCUGUGAUGAGAGCACUCAUUUUACUACUACUGAGCCAGUGAUGGACAGUUGGUAUCCCGUAACGCCUGACUAUACCAGUGAUAACAUCAGUUCAGUGAACAAGGACAUGUCUGGUCUCUCCGGCUUCAUGUAUGUGAGGAAAGUAAAACACACUAGAAAAGCCUAUCAAUGCACAGUUUGUCUGAAGAGCUUUGAAAGCCCUUACAAACUAUCAAGACAUUUUCUCAUUCACACAGGAAUGAAACCUUUCAAAUGCAGUGUCUGUAAUAAGUCAUUCAGACAGCUUUGUCAUUUGCAGAGUCACCAACGGACUCACACAGGGAAAAUAUUCAGGGAGGUGCUGCAAAUGGACGAUGGACACGGGUUUGAUCACAGAGAGGACUAUCCUUCACAGAAUCUGGCUUCUGAAGCACAUUUCUCUACCACUCCAGUUCAAGAGGCAAAGCAAAGAGAUUCAUUGCAUCUGCCAGACUGUACCUCAUAUCCACUCAAAACCAGCACAGACCACAACCUAGCUAUAAAUGACAGUUCAGACGAUUUGACAGAGAACAUAGCCUCAGGAUCAAUCGGAAUACUGCAUAUAAUCCCAGAUGCUGAAUUAGAACUCAAGAUCAAACAAAGCAAGAGAGACCAUAAGUGUUCUGAGUGUCAGAAAAGCUUUACGUCCCCUUCCAAACUUGAAAGGCACUACUUGAUCCACGUAGGAGAGAGACCUUUCAAGUGCUCCAUCUGUGAUAAGGCUUUCAGGCAAGCAGCGCAUCUCAAGGUUCACCAGCGAGUUCACGAUAAGAUGUCAGAAGACCAUUGUUCAUUUUCAAGUGAAAUAAUAGACAGCGGGGAUGACAGACAUGACUUCAGUUACUCACAUGUGAUGAAAGACAUCUCUGAGACUCAUAUUAAUUAUGGGAUGAGCGAAGAUGUCGGAAAUGGACAGGAAUGUCAAGUUGCAGGUGUGGAGGUAGCCCUGGAGUCUGAACAUUGUGACGAAUACUGGUGCGAGCCUCUCGGUGGGCUGUUCAAUUGUGAGGACUGCAGCCAGUCCUUUGUCACAAAGAGGAGGCUGCAACUGCACAAGUGUUCUUCUGAAAGUAAACCAUCCGACUCCCAGUCAAGCUUCUAUCAAUGUGCCAUAUGUUUCAAGAACUUCAGGUCUCCCUACAAACUGAAAAGACACUAUGUUAUCCAUACCGGUGAGAGGCCUUACAGAUGUUCUAUCUGCAAGAAGACCUUCACUCAGUCUGGCCAUUUGAAAACACAUGAGCUCAGUCAUAAAUAGAAUAACAAUUCUGACACAUCUUUGAUACUGUAGGUAAUUGCCUUACCUCAUGUGAUGUAAAAUGUGACGUGCAAUGUCAAAAUACUACCUGACUAAUUUUAGCGUGUCUUCCGUGUUCUUUACAUGGUUUAGAUUUCAAGAGACUUGCAAAAAUUGACAUCAGGAAUAAAUUAAUGCAAUAUUUUUGUAUGUAACUUUUAAAAAAAAAUUAUGUGUGUAAUGUUAUAAUUGCCAAAUCAGAGUUGUAACUAUUUGGGAGGAAGAAAGUUGUUUGGAUAGUUGAGUCCCAAGAUUAUAAAGAUAUCUCAAAUGUACAUGAUUAUCUGACCUUGCUUGUUGUAUUUUAACAUUCAUUUAAUUCACUUCAGAAUAUAAAAAUAUAUUUAUGUCGCAAAUGUCCUUUAUUAUUAGAUUUUUUUCUUGUUUUUGGAUAGUUUUUAUUAUUGAGAGGAUCCAGGGCUGAAAUCAUGUAAUCAUGCUUGCCUGCCUAAGCUACCUGUUUUUCCUGCUCCAGCAGAGCUGUGAUUGAGCUUUUAACUUAACACUUAUCUCUAUGUGACGUAUUUACAUUUAAGGUGCUACAAAAAUAGGGUCUGUGUUUGUGAAUAUGAACGUGGUUGUUUAUUUAACAUAUUUUCCCUAAUUUCUCCCACCUGUCAAAGUUAAGUACAUGUUCCAUUACUUGUAGCCACUUAUGAACCUAAAAAGAACACUUACUCAAUAAAGUGAAGUACAUUUUUGUAUUACUUAUUUAA